AUGGCGGCUUCAAAAGCGCCCAAAUUUGAUGAGGGUUGGACCGUAGGAGAAAUACUAGGAGAAGGAACUUAUGGCGAAGUGAGGCUAGUCCUAAAUCGACGAAGUGGAGAAGCUCUGGCAAUGAAAACAAUCGACACAGCCAAGCAUCGGGAUGCUAAACGUGCUGUGCACAAAGAAGUUGUUAUACAAAAAUCUUUGCGCCACCGAAACAUCUUAAAACUAUUUGGACAAAAUACACAAGGCAAUAUUGAAUAUAUAUUCUUGGAGUUUGCAGAAGGCGGUGAGUUGUACGAUCGAAUAGAGCCUGAAUUUGGUAUGAAAAAUAAUGAAGCGAAGAAAUAUUUUAAUCAGUUGCUGUGUGGUUUGCAAUAUCUACACAGGAGAGGUAUAACACAUAGGGAUUUAAAGCCCGAAAAUAUACUUUUUGAUGAUAAAGAUAAUUUGAAAAUUUCGGAUUUUGGAAUGGCUACUAUAUUUCGAGUAAAUGGUCGUGAACGCCUUCUUGAGAAGAGAUGUGGAACUCUUCCUUAUAUUGCUCCAGAAGUUUUAACUGGAUCUUACAAAGCUGAGCCUGCCGAUAUUUGGUCUUGCGGGAUAAUUUUAACUGCCAUGCUUACUGGAGAGUUGCCGUGGGAUGAACCCACGUGGAAAUAUCAUCAAUACACAGCUUGGGAAAUAAAUUCAUAUACUUCGCUAACGCCUUGGACCAAGCUCAGCAAUUUAAUAUUGUCUUUGCUGAGAAAAAUACUAUCACCUCUUCCAAAUAAAAGGAUCAACUUAGAUAAUCUAAUAAAACAUAGAUGGUGCGCAAUGAAAUUCAUUAGUGAAGAUUCUGAAAUAUCACACCAAGAUGUAGUGCAUGAGCCCCCUUGUAAGCGAUUUUGUGCAAUGCCUAAUUAUGAACAAAAUAACAGCAAAUGCUCACUUUCGGCAUCUGUAAUUGUUCCAAAUGCUGAAGAAAACACAAUUUGUUCCAGAGAUGAUGUUUGCUUCUCGCAGCCGGUGCUUAUGGAUGAUAUGGUCUUAAGUACUCACUUGAAUCUCCCACAAAGUACAAAACAAAAUGUUUUGCUAGUUAAAAGAAUGACUAGAUUCUUUGUUAGCGGAGAUACUGAGGGCGUCAUUAAGAAGCUUACUAGUUGCCUCAACAAAAAUGAAUUUUGGAAAACAAAUAAGGGCGUGGUAACAAUAAACACAUUAGACAGGCGCAAAAUGCCAUUGGUAUUCAAAGCCAAUGUAAUAAAAAUAAAAAACAAAUUAUUGAUGGACUUCCGAUUAUCAAAAGGCUGUGGUUUAGAAUUUAAAAGAAGAUUUCUAGAAAUAAAAAACAAUUUAGGUGACAUUAUAGUCAAAGCUCCUGUUGAUCUUUAA